CGCAACAUAAUGUAACAAGUAAAAGCGAGAGCUAAACCUGCGGGAGGCGUGCUGUGGGGGACGGUGCAUCAUAAAACCAGAAAAGGAUACGCGUCGUUACAGUGGUAAUCUUAUUUAUCAUAACAAGCCAUUUACGCGUAGAUGUUCGUAGUUUAAUUCAAGCUUUGUACCAGGUGAGUUCUAGCAAGGAUGACGAUGCCACACGUAGGGGCAAUAUUUGGAGCAAUAGCUGGAGUGAUGGCCAUCAUGCUGCACUCCUCUAUUCACAAGAUAGAAGAAGGACACCUAGCUGUGUACUACAGGGGUGGAGCUUUGCUGACUACUCCCAACGGUCCUGGAUAUCACAUUAUGAUGCCUUUCAUCACCACCUUCAGAUCAGUGCAGACUACUCUUCAAACUGACGAGAUCAAGAACGUGCCUUGUGGAACGAGCGGUGGUGUGAUGAUCUACUUCGACAGAAUAGAAGUUGUGAACAUGCUCGUCCCCUCAGCAGUGGUGGAAAUUGUGAGGAACUACACUGCAGAUUAUGACAAAACUCUCAUUUUCAACAAAAUUCACCAUGAACUCAACCAGUUCUGCAGCGUGCACACAUUACAGGAAGUCUACAUCGAGCUGUUUGACAUCAUAGAUGAGAACCUGAAGGUUGCUUUGCAGAAAGAACUUACUAUUAUGGGACCUGGACUUACAAUUCAGGCAGUGCGUGUUACCAAGCCAAAGAUCCCUGAAUCUAUCAGGAGGAACUUUGAACUCAUGGAGGCAGAGAAGACCCGUCUGAUGAUAACAGCACAGACUCAGAGAGUGGUGGAAAAGGAGGCCGAGACCGAACGGAAGAGGGCCAUUAUUGAGGCUCAGAAAGUGGCUCUGGUCGCAGAGAUCCAGUUCCAGCAGAAAGUGAUGGAGAAAGAGACGGAGAAGAAGAUCUCUGAAAUCGAGGAUUCUGCCUUCUUGGCCAGGGAGAGGGCUCGAGCUGAUGCAGAAUAUUACACUGCUGCCAAGUUUGCUGAAUCAAACAAGGUGAAGUUAACCCCGGAGUACCUGGAGCUGAUGAAGUACCAAUCCAUAGCCACUAACAGUAAGAUCUACUUCGGCCAGGACAUCCCCAACAUGUUUGUAGAGGGAGCCGACAGCCCCCCUAAGUCAGCGCACGCCCCCCACAACGCUCAGAUGGAGCACUGAACUCCAGAUGACGGGAGGGAAAGCUUUGCAGAUGGUUUGGUGAAUGAUAAGGCACUAAAUGGCAAAGAGUGAGAUAGAUUAGACAAGCAGGAGUGAGAGCAAGACAAAUGCGAGAAAAAGGGAACUUUUUUUUUUAACCUUCUAAUCUUUUUGGAGGACAAGUUUUAGGAAGGAGAAUGAUGCCAUAGUGAAACAUUAACAGCAUACUCAAUGCUUCUGCCCGAGAGAGCGACAGCAAGUAGUCGCCCUGAUUUACAUGUGCUUGCAAUCAGUGCAGUGUUUAACUUGGCUGUUAGAUCUGCAUCCUUUGUGUGUUGUAUGCAAGAGGAGAGAUUUGUGAUGAAUGAUUUUGGAGGAUUAAUUUCUGGUUGAGUAGGACUGGAAUCUAACAGGUGACACUAAUUAAUUCAAAGCUGAAAUCCUACAGACAUGAAAACUGAGAUUAUGUAAAACAAUAGCGUUAGUGGCCUGACUUUGUUAUACUUUCCCCUGAUUUCAAAUAGAACUUUACGGAUACUCAAGUCUUUAAAGGUGGAGGGGUAUUGUGUGUUUAUAUAGUUAAUAAACUGUGGUGUCAGAUUAGUAGUAAUGUAGUUUAUUCUCUAGUAGCUUGGUGGUCGUUUGCUGUUAUUAGAUGUGGUUGAGUGCAGCCUCUUCAGAAAGACUUGAGAUGCUUUACUAAAACCUGCUGUGGCAUUAACUGUGAGCUCAAGGAUAGUCCUCUUAAAGCUCAUCUAAACCCAUAGAAAAUAAGGUAACUGAUAUUAGAGUUAACCAAUAAAGCAUUUGAUUUAUAGGGUGGAGUCCGGAUUUGUAUUCCUCGUUGAGACGUCGGCACAUCUUUCUUUCCUACGUCUGGUUUUGAUUAUUAGAGCCAUCCAUGCAUGUGGAAAUGUGUAGUGGCUUGAUUCAGAUGAUUAUUAGCGCCUGCAAUUGUCAGCCAACUCUUGUUAUGCAGCUUAUUCAGAUGUGGUGAAAUGUAAAUUCUCAGGAAAUUGACUUUUAUUUUGUUGCAACAGUUGCUCAAUGUUGCUGAAAAUUAAAAAUUGGACUCUGGUGACACCAGCUGGAUAAUCAAAGCUUUGGUUAUCCACAUUAAAGGUGUCAUUUUGAGUCCACCAUCAUUUUAUUGUACCGUCUAGUCGCAGUCGGUGCAAAUAAGGUCUUGGAAAAAAACAGAAGAGAAUAAGACAAUGGCUAACUUCCAAUAUCAAUGUUUAUAUUUUCCUGCAAUCCAAGAAUUGAUAGAAUGCAAAGUUUAUUCAUUCUUUGCUAAAGAAGAUAAUACACAGCUCCUGAUUACAGUAUUAACUUAGGUAGAAAUGAAUUACACUUCUCAUCAGUUUUGUAUGAUAAUAUGAGUUCCAGUACUACACAAUAACAAGCUUUGGUUAAUGUUGAUGAAGCUGUGGCUUAAAUAAGAUGCAAGUUGGUGCUAGUUUUAAUGAUCUGUUUAAGCUUUUGGAUUUUGUUCAGCUCUACUACAUAAUUCUUCCACUAUCAGAAUGCAAGCCUUAAAUAUUAAUGGGUUAGCCUAGGCUUACGAUUAAGUGAUUCUUAUAUACUAAAAAGCUCCUUUUAACUUGACUGUGAGACCUCUUAAGAGCUUGGAUGUACAUAAAGACCUGCGGCCUCAUCAUAGACUCUGUGGAGACAGAACUAGCAGUGGGCGCUUCAGGUGUUCACAACAUGUCGUGAUGUUUACUUGACCUACGAAUGGCACGAAAGGCUUCUUUCUGCGUUUGCUUUGGUGGUGGGUUCAAAUAGAAAUGCAAAGGAGGGGAAUUAAUCACUCAUGAAAAUGAUUUUUUUUUCGUCUAUUUUGUACGGUCUGUGAAAAUUCAACAUUAUCUCCUUGUUUUAAAAGAUUUAUAUGCAAAAAUGUUUUCAAGUUUUGACAAUGUUCUUAUGUAAAAUAAAACCUAUUUUGGUACCUCUCUUCUC